AUGACAGUAGAGACCCUUUUAAACAACAUGGAGCUUGGAGAAUCGUUCAAAACUGAUCAAGAAGUCAAUAGCAUUCAAGAGGGCUCAUAUGCGUCCGAAUUAGACAUAACUGAGGCUUUUGAACGUUUGAGCCUCAAAGAAGAUAAUCCACGAGCAAACCAAUGUAAGCAUGUUUACUUGACAGGUAAUGGAGUCCAGAGUAUCAAGAAUCACACUGAGAUCACAUCGGAACUUCAAGAUAUGAUGAAAACAAGCCAGCUGCUCAAGAAUGGACAAAUAGAGCAAGAAUAA